ACGAAACCUAAUCUCUUAAACCUCACCGGCGACGAAGAAUGGCAUUAUCGUCUCCUCCCCUCCUCCAUCUUCUUCCUCACUAUUCCUUCUCUCUAAUAACCUCAAAACGACACCGUUUCUUAUCCUUUAACCAUGAAUCUCCAUCAUCAUCAUUUUCAGUCAGAGCUCCGGCAUCAUCCCUCGUCGUAGCCGCCGUCUCCUCAAAAGCCUCCACCGGGACAAAACAGAAGUCUAAAUCCAAAGCCAAACCUCCUCCUCCUCCUCAGCCUCCAGUUACCACUGUAGCUGAAGAUGAAAUAGGAACAGAGGAAUCAGAAAUGGUCAACAUUGCUGAAGAUGUCACUCAAUUGAUUGGAAGCACACCAAUGGUGUAUCUGAAUAGAGUCACUGAUGGGUGUGUGGCUGAUGUUGCUGCAAAGCUUGAAUCAAUGGAGCCUUGUAGAAGCGUCAAAGAUAGGAUUGGUCUUAGCAUGAUUAACGAGGCAGAAGACAGAGGAGACAUAACUCCUAGAAAGAGUGUGUUAGUAGAGCCUACAACGGGAAACACUGGCCUAGGGAUUGCUUUUGUUGCUGCAGCUAAAGGGUACAAACUUAUAGUGACUAUGCCAGCUUCUAUAAACGUUGAAAGAAGGAUGCUUUUACGCGCAUUAGGAGCAGAGAUUGUGCUAACGAGUCCAGAGAAGGGUCUUAAAGGUGCAGUGGAUAAGGCUAAAGAGAUUGUUCUCAAGACUAAGAACGCUUAUAUGUUUCAGCAGUUUGAUAAUACUGCAAAUACAAAGAUCCACUUUGAGACUACAGGACCAGAGAUAUGGGAAGAUACAAUGGGUAAUGUUGAUAUAUUUGUUGCCGGAAUUGGAACUGGUGGUACUGUAACAGGUACAGGAAGUUUCUUGAAGAUGAUGAACAAUGAUAUUAAGGUAGUUGGCGUUGAACCAUCAGAAAGAAGUGUUAUAUCUGGAGAUAGUCCUGGUUAUGUACCAGGAAUCUUGGAUGUUAAGCUACUAGAUGAAGUGUUUAAGGUAAGCAAUGAGGAAGCAAUUGAGAUGGCGAGAAGACUAGCUUUGGAGGAAGGGUUACUGGUUGGGAUAUCGUCUGGAGCAGCUGCAGUAGCAGCUAUCAGCUUGGCUAAAAGAGCUGAGAAUGCAGGAAAACUUAUCACAGUUCUAUUUCCAAGCCAUGGGGAGCGGUAUAUCACAACAGCUCUGUUUAGUUCCAUCCACAAAGAGGUCCAAGAGAUGAGCCAUUAGUAGCAGCUAGACGAAAACCCUUGAGCAGAGUGUAAACUACAAGUCUCUCUGCAACAUGGAAAACAUUUUGGAAUAACUUUACAAGCCUAAGCCUAUACAGGUAUUGGGAAGACCAUGCGGGGGAUUGAGAGUAAGUGAAACAGUUUUUUUUUUUUACCAAAGAUUUAGUGAUGUAUAGGUCAGAAACCAUCUUACUUGGUCUUCUUCUUCUUUUCACUUAUAUCUUGAGGCUCAAGUCUGAACAAGUAAAGUUUGGGUACCUAAAUCCUAACAUUUAUCUGAAUUGAGAUCCUUAAGAGCAA